AUGACAGAAGAAAACACGUCAACUCAACCUCGCCAGCGGAAGGUCAUACCCGCCCCAGGAGAGCUUCCCGACGCUAAGCGCGAUGCCGCAAGGGCAUUCGAGGCCCUCAAAGCUGGCGGUGUCAUAAUAGUCCCUACAGACGUCGGAUACGGCAUGAUGGCCGCUAGCGUCGAAGCAAUUGAGCGAUUCUUCGCUGCCAAAAAGCGAAAAGCAGGCCAUUCGCUCGGAAUAAUUGGAACAUACAAUCUACACAAGCGGCUACACGAUCUCCCAGAAGAGAAGUACCUGGUUGCUGGCACAAUUUUCGAAGAGAUGGGAGUCACUAUUGGUGUUGUUGGGAAAAUGAGAGAGAACAUUGACGAGUUGCUGCCCAGUCAUUUAUUGCCUACGUUGGAUAAAGUAACGAAGAAGGGUACAUUGGCUAUGGCUUUCUCCGAGAGUCCGUUUCAUCGGGAGUUGGGAAGACUGAAUGAUCUUAACGACCAGAUUAUGAUUGGUAGUAGUGCCAAUUUAACCGGCCAGGGGCAGAAGUUCCGUGUUGAGGAUAUUGAGCCUGAGGUUCUUGAAGCUGCUGAUCUUGUUGUUGAUUAUGGACGACAGAAGUAUCAUUUCUCUGGACGGGCUGGUACCAUUUUGGAUUUGGAUAAUGAGCGUGUACUUCGCAUUGGGGCUUGUUAUCCUCUCAUUGCAGAAGGUCUGACUCGUUGGUUUGGGUGGACAGUGCCGGAAGAUCCUGACUGGGAUUCAAAUCAGAAAGAGGUGGGAAUAUCGAUCAAGCGUGAAGAUGGUUUCAAAGUAUAA